AUGCUUUACAAGUUUGCCCUCCCAGAUGAGUAUCUGGCCAUUACUGGUGCUGGAGUGAAGACGGUCAAGAUUGUCAAGGCUGCCUGGGUAUGGCCUUUGCAAAGAUGUCAACGCUUCAGCAUCCAACCGCACGAUUACUCUAUGAACCUCCAAGCAAUGACUCGCGAGAAGUUGCAAUUUCUCCUGCCUGUUGUCUUCACUGUCGGCCCCGAUGUCAAUCAAAGAGGUGCCAUAGCAGGCCAGCCACCCCGAGACGCUGAGCACGUUGAUCAAGUACCAGAAGACCAUGGCGAUGCCCUCAUGAAGUAUGCUAUGUUGCUAGCAGAGGCUGAUGACAAUGGCAACGUCCGCGGCCAGCACAUCGAGAACAUCGUGAAGGUUAUUAUCGAGGGUGAAACUCGUGUGCUUGUCAGUUCGAUGACAAUGGAGGAAAUCUUCACUGAGCUCCAAGGGGAGCUCGACCAAUUUGGCCUCAAAAUUUACAACGCCAACGUUAAGGAGCUACGUGAUGCCCCCAACUCCAGCUACUUUGACUCUCUUUCCCGGAAAGCCCACGAGGGUGCUAUCAACCAAGCUCGUAUCGAUGUCGCCGAAGCCCAGAGAACCGGUAAUGUUGGAGAGGCUCAACGUCAAGGCGAGCAGAACCGUGAAAUUGCCAAGAUUAACGCCGAAACUGCUGUCCAAAAGACCGAACGAGACUCUGAGAAGGCUAGAGCCGAGGCUACAUUAGCUACACGCAAGACCAACUUCAACAAAGAGGUCAACAUUGCUCAGAUCGAGGCCACUCGUGCUACGGAAGUUCGUGAUGAGGAACUAAGAAGAGAUGUCGAGGUCAAGCGUGCACAGACGGAAUUGGAAAGACUCAGAGCCAGCGAUGUCGUUAAGGCCACCAUUUCUCGUGAAUCCAAGCAACAAGCCGCGGACGCCAAGAACUAUGAGGAGCAAGCUCGCUCCAAUGCCGCUCUCUACAGUGAACAAAAGGCUGCCGAUGCACACGCUUACAAGACCCGCAUCGAGGCUGAGGCAAAAUACCUCGCUGCUGCCAAGGAAGCUGAGGCCGAUCUUAUCCGUCAACAAAAGGCUGCUGCAGGUCUCUCCGCUAUGGCUGGUGCCUACAGUGAUCUGUCGCACGCUUUCGGCGGCCCAUCUGGCCUCAUUCAAUACCUUAUGAUUGAGAAAGGUGUCUACACCGACUUGGCCAAGGCCAACGCCGAUGCUGUUCGUGGCCUUAAUCCUAAGAUGACCAUCUGGAAUACAGGAGCUCAAGCCGGUGGCGAGGGCGGGGACAGUACAGGUAUGGGUGGUGUGGAUAGCAUUCGUAACAUGUAUCAAAUGCUUCCGCCCCUCAUGACUACCAUCAAUGAACAGACAGGCCUCACUUUACCGGAAUGGAGAUAUGGAAAGCUCACUGAACAAAUUUCAGAUCACGAGACCACAGCCAAGCCAGUCAAUGGUGUCAAUGGCAAGAGCCAGAAGGCACUCAAUUAAUGUACGGACACGAAAGGGGACCUUCACCUUCAUUAAGAGCAGCUUCAUUUAACGCUUCGAAGGAUCACCGUCCUCCUCUAUGAAUUUUCGAAAACAAACAACAACAAGAAAAACACAAUAUGGACCUGUUUCUUUUGUUUCCCACUAGUUGGAUCUUUCGGCACAGGUAUGGGAUUUAUGAGUUCUUUGCUUCGUCAUUACUCG